UGAUGCAAAUCAUAUUUUCCUCUUUAAAACCUGAUUUUGAGAAAUGUUUAGCAGUUUGACUACACUUCUUCAUCAGCAGACCACUAAACCAUCUGUGCCUUUUUACAGGAGUGGAUUAUCAAACAAAGAUGGAUAUACAUUUUUUCUCUUGCCUUGUUCUUUCGAUUCUCUUUGGCAAAACUGUGACCACAGAAGCCCAACGAUUCAACUUUGGCCAAUGUGAAUUGAGUGGUAUAUCUCUGCGGGAACUAAAGGACUAUUUUGGUGCCAUCAGAGAAACUGUGCAAACACAAGAUAACAGGACUGAUGUGAUACUACUGAAGGAAAGUGUCUUACAAGAUGUUCCGACAUCUGAAAGCUGUUGUUUACUCCGCCACCUGCUGAGGUUUUAUGUUGAAAGUGUUUUCAGACACUAUGAACCAACAAGCAACUUGCUUAGAAGGAAAACCAGCACUUUGGCCAAUGCCUUCCUCAGCAUCAAGACAAGUCUGAGAAAGUGUCAUGAUCAAAACAAAUGUUCCUGUGGAGAAGAGACCCAUAGAAGAUUUAAACUUAUAUUGGAUGAAUACAAAAAGCUUGAUAAUAAUGUAGCAGCAAUCAAAGCUCUGGGAGAGAUGGACCUUCUUUUUGCCUGGAUGGAAGGAUUCAAGAGCUAAGACGCGUAACACAAGCUAUAGAACAUCAAGAAAUGCAAUAGUU